AUAUAAUAGUAUUCAUUUGAAAAUAAAUUAAUUCACUAAUUUAGAUAAGAUUGGUUGAGAUUGAUAUAUAAAGGGUAAAGAAGUUUGAAGAUAUAGAAGGGGUAAAGAAUUCAAUAAAUUAAGUUUAAAAUAAAACAAUUAAAAAUUAAAAGUAAUACUGAAGUUUUGGUAUUUAUAGAAAUAAGUGGAUAUAAAUGAUAUUAAAUAAAAAUAAAAUUAAAUGGGGCCAUAUCUAAGUCAACCAAAGAAAGAUAAAAAAACAACAUCAGGAUAAGGAAAAUCGGUGAUAUUUGCUGCUUCUGAAAUGCAAGGUAUAAAUAAUAUGAUAAUAUAUAGGGUGGAGAAACACAAUGGAGGAUGCUCAUAUCCAUAAACCCGAUAUUGUAUAAGAUGUCUCUAUUUUUGGUGUAUUUGAUGGACAUGGAGGUAGAGAGGUUGCCUAAUUUGUUGAAAAACACUUUAUAGAUGAAAUCUUAAAAAAUAAAAAUUUUAAGGAUCAAAAAUUCGAAGAUGCUCUUAAAGAAACAUUUUUGAAGAUGGAUGAAUUGUUGAUGACAACAGAUGGAUAAAAAGAACUUAAUUUAUACAAAGCAAAUGAAAGCGAUGGUAAAUGAUUAUAAGAUUAUAGAAUCAUAUGCUGGAUGUACUGCUAAUGUAGCUUUAAUUCAUAAGAAUACUUUGUAUGUAGCUAAUGCUGGUGAUUCAAGAUCAGUUUUAUGUAGAAACAACACUAAUUAUGAUAUGAGUGUUGAUCAUAAACCAGAUAAUGUUGAGGAGAAAUCAAGAAUUGAAAGAGCAGGAGGAUUUGUUAGUGAUGGACGUGUUAAUGGUAUUUAUUUAUAUAAUUAUAAUAGGUAAUUUGAAUCUAUCUAGAGCAUUGGGAGAUUUAGAAUACAAACGUGAUAACAAAUUUAGACCUAAUGAAUAACUUAUCAUUGCUCUUCCAGAUGUUAAGAAGGUAGAAUUAGGACCAUAAGACAAGUAUUUAUUAUUAAUAAAUUAAGAUUUAUUUUAAUGGGUUGUGAUGGUGUAUUUGAAACUUUGAAUCAUUAAGAAUUAUUAAAACAUGUUAAUUCCACUUUAGGAUAAUCAUAAGUCACUGAAAGUUUAUUAGAAAAGGCUGCUGAAGAUUUAUUAGAUUAAUUAUUAGCUCCAGAUACAAGUUAAGGAACAGGCUGUGACAAUAUGACAACCAUCAUUGUCUAUUUGAAAAAAUGAAAAAGAAUAUAAAAAAACAACAUUUAUGUAAUAU